UCAACAUGAGGCGGACGACACUCCUGCUCCUCGUUGCGGCCGCGCACGCGCUCCCCGCUCAAGACUCCAGUCACACAGACAACGACAUCGACGGCCUCACCGACUGCCUCAGAAAGGAAUCCACAACAUGCCUCAAAUACAAAUUCUUCUCAUUCGUCGACAAAAUGAUCGGACAGAAAGAAUCCUUCUCCCUAACCGAUGGAGUGACUGUCGUCAAAUCCGGUGACGUGCCUACCGACACCGGAGCGCCGAGGGCUCUAGAUCCUGUUUCGCGGUUGAAGAAUUACUUCGAAACGCAUUCCUUACGAGUUGAAGUGAAAGGUUCGGAUGUGAUUGACGCGGUGUCAAGUGCAGGGCGCGCGUUGGAAGAUACAGUGUCAUCGUUUACUGAAGACAAUGAAAUUAGUGAAGGUCGUGGAAAGAAAAAGAAGGCGGCGAAGAUUUUGGGUCCUUUGAUUGCGGCUGUGGCUUUGAAGAUGAUGGCGUUGAUGCCUUUGGCGAUUGGUGCGAUUGCGUUGAUUGCUGGGAAGGCGUUGUUGAUUGGCAAGCUCGCGUUAGUGUUGUCAGCGAUCAUUGGGUUGAAGAAGUUGUUGUCGCAGCAGAAGCAUGUGACGUACGAGGUUAUUGCGCAUCCUCAUCACACGUCGAGCCACGACUACAGCGGCGGCACGAGCGGGUACGGCGGCGACUCGGGCGGGUCUUCGUACAGCAGUAGCGGAAGCGGAGGCGGCGGCGGCCACGGCGGCGGCGGUUGGGGGCGCUCGCUCGAAGCUCAGAGCAUCGCGUAUUCCGCGCAGAAACCUUAGCGACCCGGUUCCGUGGCCCCAUUUCCACUGAUUUCUCCGA